AUGUCAGACAUGGAAAAAGCUUCGACUGACAAAAUUGUAUCCGAGAUCGUUAGGAAGGGACAGCCGUACAAAGAGAUCGAAGCUAUCAUCAAUGACAAUCGCGUCAUCAUCAGGACGCACAAGGAGCAGAUUAAAGAAGAGUACGAUCCUCCGUGCGAAUGCGUCAACCAGACAGAUGUAAAAGAAUCUACAUCGAGCUUAAAAAGAUGCGAUGACGGCAUCACAUUUGACAUGGCCAAGGGAAGUUUGGAACUUUGUCGUACUUCUCGGGAAGAUACAUCAUCGAUGAAGAAAAUUUGCGAUCAAGAGGAGACCGGAUGUCGUACUCUCACAUUGUAUCCGAAUGUAAAAGAAGGUAGUGAAGAUAGAAGAUCGAAAAAGAAAAGAGUGAUUGAUCUGGAAGAGAAUCCGAACAUAUUCUUACUGAGAAUCAGGAAGUACUGUGAUAGCAGUGAUAAAAAGCAGAAAAUUGAUCUGGAGUUCCGGGCACCGCGACCCUGGCGACCCAGGAACGAUAAGAAGAAGAAACUUCUCACAGACUUAUCUGAGAAACUAGAAGAACACAAAGUUGAAGAGGACUUUGACAAGUAA